GCCGCUUCAAAGCAAGAAGCGAAUGAAUGUUAAGUUAAAAAAAAAAUCAUGCAUGAUAAGAUAAGGCCCCAAAACCAACUCAUAGUUGUAAACGCCCUUACCUCAUUAUGUAAUGAAAUUUCAAACCAGCAUAAUAAAAUGGGGAACCUCCCGCGGGGCCAAACGAUAUCCUUUAUACCACAGCGGUUAAUAUAACAAGGGGAGCCAUAACCGAUACGGUGGAGCACCUUUUCCAACGUCAUAAUAUCCCCCUGCCGCCUAAUUGGACCUACGGGCAACUGGUCACUGACAUCCUUGGGAAUGAUCUAACUCUGCAAAAUGUUUCUUCUGUUUUGCAGAACAUCACUCAGCUUGGUCUUGCUAGUGAUGAAUUCCACCAACUACUUCAUUUUUUAAAUUAGGCGGCAGGAGGCGGUUUUGGUUAGCGCCGUUGCGUUGGUUAACAACCAAGUUCCCCAACAGCAGCUUAGCUUAGUAGCUUAACUCUUUCUACUGGCGUGGCGCUGCUGGAUGCUUUUUUUUGAUCAAUAGAACAGGAAGAGGAGUCAGCCAAAAAGAAAGACCACCAAAAGUAACGACCACCAAGAUACGCAUAGUGAUUCGAUCUUUUGAUCACCCAUUUAUGGAAAACCUUUUUUGGGGGCUUCCGCCUUACACACGGAAGAUUGGAUUGCCUGAAUCACGAGUCUUAUAUACUGUGUUACGAUCACCUCAUAUUGAUAAAAAGUCCAGAGAACAAUUUGAAAUGGAAAUCAAGAAACAAUUUCUGGUCAUAAAAACAGAAAGGCAUGAAUUGCGCAAGAAGUUCUUUCGGUUAAAACGCCGUGCGACUUGGGGGACAUAAGACUUCUUGGUCAAGCCAAAAAUCUUUCCGACAGGGUGCUCCUACCCCACCAUGCCCGGCCCUUUACCUUACCUUAAGAAGAAAGAGGGGGUAUGAAGCGUGGGAAACAAUGCAAGAAGUGUUUGAUACAGCAGGUAACCUUAAGGAGUGGCGGCAAAGCUCUUGAUUGAUCAACGCGAGUGAACUGUGCUUAGACGCUUCGUAAAACCGCACCGGUCUACGAGAGGAGCUGAUGGAUGAGUAGGCUUCCCCUUUCGAUUCACGGAAUGUGAUCUGGGACACGAUGGGAGUUUGCGUGCCUCGGUAGGAAAGAGAUCGCCGGAGUAUAGCACAAGAUCACCUUUUCUUGCUGCCAUGGGGUCGACCUGUAAACAAGGUAAACCCAAUGGGAACCAAAAAACGGGAGGGUACCGCAUUGGGCAGAAGACGAUCCAAAAAGCGAAGGCUCACCCAGCUGAAGGAAGGAGCUUUGGAAGCUCACCUUAUUAUUAGAGAAAGAGGAAAGGGGCAACCUAUCUUACUAAUAAUAAGAAAGGGGGUGAGAUAGGCGACAGGUAGCUUGCUUCCAAGCCGGCCCGGCCGCGAGGAAUCAAGAGAUCUUUGCCGGUGCUGACUUGGAUCUCGGGUGACGGAAUAAGGCGGCCAGAAGCGACGAGCAGUCGCGGUCGAAGCUUGGCUCUAGCCGAUAGGCUAGCAGUAAGCUUGACUACAGCGAAGCGCUUACCAAGCGCGAAGGAAAGGGCCUUCGCCACUUGAGCCGCAUGCGGGGGAACUCGCACGUGCGGUUCUUAGGGGGGGCUAGUAGGAGCCAUCCUAUCCCAAUCCCAAUAGCGUAUAUUUGGAGCUCAAUAUGAAAUCCUAUUUUCUUGCAAGACCCGUUCGGAUAAGGAAAAACUCCAGAGAUUGCUUCGAAGUAAGAUCCUUGCGUUGACCUUUUCCUGAACCAGAACGGGGGGUUAGAGGAAAAGGGGAUCAAGAUGUCCCAUCAAUAAAGUGAGGGCUUUCCGGACCUUCCCCCCUCACUCCCCCUUUUUCAAUAAAGAAGCCCCGCUCGGGGCCCCUCUCUGAUAAGGAAGGAAAGGAAAGAAUCUCAAUUUUAUGACAAAUCCGGUCCGAUGGCUGUUCUCCACUAACCACAAGGAUAUAGGGACUCUAUAUUUCAUCUUCGGUGCCAUUGCUGGAGUGAUGGGCACAUGCUUCUCAGUACUGAUUCGUAUGGAAUUAGCACGACCCGGCGAUCAAAUUCUUGGUGGAAAUCAUCAACUUUAUAAUGUUUUAAUAACGGCUCACGCUUUUUUAAUGAUCUUUUUUAUGGUUAUGCCGGCGAUGAUAGGUGGAUCUGGUAAUUGGUUUGUUCCGAUUCUGAUAGGUGCACCUGACAUGGCAUUUCCGCGAUUAAAUAAUAUUUCAUUCUGGUUGUUGCCACCAAGUCUCUUGCUCCUAUUAAGCUCAGCCUUAGUAGAAGUGGGUAGCGGCACUGGGUGGACGGUCUAUCCGCCCUUAAGCGGUAUUACCAGCCAUUCUGGAGGAGCAGUUGAUUCAGCAAUUUCUAGUCUUCAUCUAUCUGGUGUUUCGUCCAUUUUAGGUUCUAUCAAUUUUAUAACAACUAUCUCCAACAUGCGUGGACCUGGAAUGACUAUGCAUAGAUCACCCCUUUUUGUGUGGUCCGUUCUAGUGACAGCAUUCCCACUUUUAUUAUCACUUCCGGUACUGGCAGGGGCAAUUACCAUGUUAUUAACCGAUCGAAACUUUAAUACAACCUUUUCUGAUCCCGCUGGAGGGGGAGACCCCAUAUUAUACCAGCAUCUCUUUCGGUUCUUCGGUCAUCCAGAGGUGUAUAUUCCCAUUUUGCCUGGAUCCGGUAUCAUAAGUCAUAUCGUUUCGACUUUUUCGGGAAAACCGGUCUUCGGGUAUCUAGGCAUGGUUUAUGCCAUGAUCAGUAUAGGUGUUCUUGGAUUUCUUGUUUGGGCUCAUCAUAUGUUUACUGUGGGCUUAGACGUUGAUACCCGUGCCUACUUCACCGCAGCUACCAUGAUCAUAGCUGUCCCCACUGGAAUCAAAAUCUUUAGAGAAUGCAUUUGUUCACUUUUACUUCCAUGUCUUCCGUUGGUCAAGUCUCUCCUUUUUUUUGGGGGAGCGGAGAAUGAAAAGAAUGAAAGAAAAAUGAAAUUGUUUUCCACGGCUAGAAAUAGAAAGAUAUUAUUUGCUGCUUUUUUCAGUAAGAUCUUUAUCAAUCUAAGUUUGUGGAUGGUUAAGCCUUUAGUCCGAUUUGUCAGUUCGAUUUUACUUUUUGUCCUAAUGGCGCUCUGCCUUUCUAUCACUAAUCCCAAUAAGGUUGUCUUUGCGGCGGAUCAUUCGGGCGAUGCUUCUUCAAGCUGGACUGGCGCUCUGGAAUCCCUGUCAAGAUCCAGCUCAAGCUGGACUGCUGUUUUACAGGAGGGGGAAGUACCCGCGGCACAAGUCUUGGACAACUUUCGCGCGCAAAACGAGCACGUGGAAGCAGAGCUGUUCUCGCGGAUACGAAACCUCGAAAACCGAUUAAUCGAUCGGUUGCCUCCUCAACUUAACCACGGUGAAUACGCAACGUUAGUGAGAAACAAUCUGAAUCUGAACGAAGCCAUCAACAUUCGGAACUAUCACAGUGCUCUAUCCAAUGAAAUCUUCGACAUUACAGUCCUCGAAUUGAAAGCAAAUUUGACGGACCAGCUUUUUAAUCUCCUUCUCAGCGAACCAGAUGAUCGCUUAAUCCAAAUUUUGGGGGAAUCUCCUUUUCCCGAAAGGGCCAUAAGAAGGGAGGCAUUGGAGUAUCUUGACCUAAAAAUGGUGUCUGUCAAUUUGAAUUUAGAAAAUGCGCGCUCUCGUUUUGACAAAGUUUUAGUAGAGCAGGUUCUUAGGUACUGGCUCAAUCUAUUACAAGAGCACAGGCAUCGCUGCCAUAUAUAUACAGAAUUCCUAUCGCAUUUUCGUGGCGAAAGUUAA